CGCUUCUGCGCUUGCGUCUUCCAGCAUUGAGCAGCGAGUCCGCUGGUAUUGAGGUGGUAAUCGGGUGUGGGCAGUGGGCAGGCAAACCAAGGAGGAAACAAAUGGAGGUCCGGAGCUAUUCGGAAGCUCCGCGAUAUGACUGCUGUGUCUCUGGAAGGAUAUGUUUAUGUUCUGAUGAUGGAGUCCUGGCCCCGCCCAUCUAAUUGUCUGAUUGUCCUCGGCAGUUUCCUCCUAUUUCUUGACACAAGCUCUGACAUCUAAGGACUCUGUCCUUCCCCAAGAGGAAGACCCAUCAGCCCUUGAACUCCUGGAAGUCAUGCCUCUCGGUUCAGAACUGUUCAGGGAUGUGGCCAUAGCUUUCUCCCAAGAAGAGUGGGAGUGCCUCGAGCCUGCUCAGAAGGACUUGUACAGAGAUGUGAUGCUGGAGAACUACGGCCAUCUGGUCUCACUGGGUCUUACCAUAUCCAAACCUGAUGUGAUAGCCAUCCUCGAGCAAGGGAGGGAGCCUUGGCUAGCGGAGAGGGCCACGGCAGGAGGCCUGUGUUCAGCAUUGGAAUCUGGAUACGGUGCCGAAAUACUGUCUGCAAAGCCACACGUUAAUGAAAUCGAGUCGCCCCGGUGGGGGAUAAUGGGAGGCCUUGCAAGCUGUCGUCUUGAGGGCUCGCGCUUCCAGGAUGAUGGGGAAGACGAAGGCCUGUUUGACAGACAACCAGGAAAUCCAGACAGAAAUGCCAGUCCUGUGUUAAUCAGUCACGAGGAAAUGCCCACUUUAAACCAGCAAGCACCUCUUACUUUUUCCCAGAGAAAGUCCCGUCGAUAUAAUAAACGCAAAAAAGACUUGUGGCACAAGGAAUUCCGUAUUAAUCAAGGAAUUCCUACUAAUGAGAAGCCCUACAAAUGUAGGGAGUGUGGGAAGGCCUUUAAAUAUGGUUCACGACUAAUCCAGCACGAGAAUAUUCAUUCUGGCAAGAAGCCUUAUGAAUGUAAAGAAUGUGGGAAGGCCUUCAAUUCUGGCUCAAAUUUCAUACAACACCAGAGAGUUCAUUCAGGUGAGAAACCUUAUGAAUGUAAAGACUGUGCUAAAGCCUUCAGUCGAAGCUCACAGUUGAUUGAGCACCAGCGAAUCCAUACUGGGGAAAAACCCUAUCAAUGUAAGGACUGUGGCAAGGCCUUCAAUCGGAUCUCGCAUCUUAAAGUACAUCACAGGAUUCAUACCGGUGAAAAGCCCUACUUGUGUAAGGAGUGUGGGAAGACCUUUAGUCAUAGGUCUCAGCUGAUUCAGCAUCAGACUGUUCAUACUGGCAAGAAACUCUUUGAAUGUAAAGACUGUGGCAAGGCUUUUAAUCAAGGAUCCACUCUUAUCCGGCAUCGGCGAAUUCAUACUGGAGAGAAACCUUAUGAGUGCAAGGCAUGUGGCAAGACCUUUAGAGUGAACUCGCAGCUUAAGCAACACCAGAGAAUUCAUACUGGGGAGAAACCCUACCAGUGUAAGGUGUGCAGUAGGGCCUUCAAGCGGGUCUCACAUCUCACAGUCCAUCAUAAAAUCCAUACCCAUGAGAAGCCAUACGAGUGCGAGGAAUGUGGGAAGGCCUUCAGCCAUUGCUCACAACUGAGUCAACAUCAGGUGAGCCAUUCCAAGGAAAAGCCCUCCAAGGGAUGUGGCAGGAGCGUAAGUCACGAUCCAGCUACUGUUCAGCCUCCCAGACGGCACAAUAGAGGAACGCGUGUGAACAUAAUAAAUGUAGAAAAGCCGUCCCUCGGCACUUACCCACUGUUAAUCAUCAGGGAGUUUGUGCUGGCAAGCAACCACAGGAAUGGAAGUAAUACAAGGACGCCGAGCGCGAGCGCUGCGGGCAGGGGAGGCCCUCGCAAUCCCCGCGUUUCCCAGAGGCCGGCGUCCUUGGCGGCUGGGCUUCCCAGGACACAGCUGUUCUCCAAAGGAGAAACCAAGAGGAGAAGGCAAGAAAUGACCGUUGAACUAACGAAAGCCACGUUACAGGACUCAGUGACAUUCAAAGAUGUUGCGGUAGACUUCUCCCAGGAGGAAUGGGAGCAGCUAAAUCCUGCUCAGAGAAGUUUGUACAGGACUGUGGUGCUGGAGAACUACCAGAACUUGGUCUCAGUGGGAGCUUGCAUUUCCAAGCCACAUCUAAUUUCGUUACUGGAGCGUGGGAAGGAGCCUUGGGAGGUGAAGGGUGAGGUGACGAGAAGCACAUUACAAGAUGGAGAACCUAUACACAAGACACAAGAAUUAUCUCUGAAGCAAUUUGUGUUUGAUAAUGUGUCAGUGGAGAAAAUUACAAGUUUUGGUUGUGAGUGUCCCACUUCUGGAAAAAAGUGGAAAUGUAAAGACCUUUUUAAUAGACAAAUGACAAAUCGAGAAAUAUUAUUUAACAUGAAAGAAACAGUCACUCAUAAAGAAACUCACACUAAAGAAAUAGGCUACAAGUACUCCAAAUCUUCGAAAUCUGUCCAUCUGGACAAUGUAGAAGAGAAUAUUUAUAGUCACAAGUCAAAGAAGAAAACCUUCUCCAAAAAUCCCAAGGUACGAAAAUACAAGAAAAUCUGGGCAGGAAAGAACAUUUUUAAAUGUAAUGAAUGUGAGAAAACCUUUACUCAUAGCUCAUCUGUUACUGUUCAUCAAAGAAUUCAUACAGGUGAGAAACCAUAUAAAUGCACAGUGUGUGGAAAAGCCUUCAAGCAGAGUCAUCACCUUGCUCAACAUCAUACAACACACACCCAUGAGAAACUCUUUGAGUGUAAAGAGUGUAAGAAAGCCUUCAGCCAGAAUUCAUACCUCAUUGUACAUCAAAGAAUUCAUACUGGAGAAAAACCAUAUACGUGUAAGGAAUGUGCAAAAUCCUUCAGGCAGCCUGCACACUUGGCUCAGCAUCAGAGGAUCCACACUGGGGAGAAACCCUAUAAGUGUAAGGAAUGUGGGAAAGCCUUUAGGGAUAGCUCUACCUUUGCUCAACAUCAGAGGUGUCACAAUGACAAACGACCCUUUCAGUGUGUUGAGUGCGGUCAAGCCUUCAGGUAUAACAUGUCCCUUACUCGUCACUUUAGGCAUUAUCACACUGGAGAGAAGCCAUUUGAUUGCACUGAUUGUGGGAAAGUCUUCAGUGUUCACAUAGGACUUACUUUGCACAGGAGAAUUCACACUGGAGAGAAACCUUACAAAUGUAACGUGUGUGGAAAAGCGUUUCGCAGUGGGUCAUCCCUCACUGUGCACCACAGAAUUCACACAGGUGAGAAGCCUUACAAAUGUGAUGUUUGUGGGAAAGCCUUCAGCCAUAGCAUGUCACUCACUGGCCAUCAAAGAGUACAUUCUGGAGAGAAACCUUAUAAAUGUAAGGAGUGUGGGAAAGCUUUUCGGCAGAGUAUACAUCUUGUUGUCCAUUCAAGAAUUCAUACUGGAGAAAAACCAUAUGAAUGUAAGGAAUGUGGGAAAGCUUUUAGAGAAAGUUCACAGCUAACCACGCAUCAGAGAAAUCACACAGGAGAAAAACCUUUUGAAUGUAAGCAGUGCGGUAAGUUUUUCAAAAGAAGUACCUAUCUUGCCAGACAUCAGAAGAUCCAUACAGGAGAGAAACCUUAUGAGUGUAACGAAUGUGGGAAAACCUUCACACAUACUGCCUACCUUGUAAGACAUAAGAGAGUUCAUUCUGGAGAGAAACCCUACAAAUGUCCUGAAUGUGGAAAGGCAUUUGGUGAUGGCUCAUCCCGUGCUCAGCAUCAGAGACUUCACACAGGUCAGAGGCCCUAUGUAUGUGAUAAAUGUGGAAAGGCAUUCAGAACAAAGUCAUCCCUUAAUUGUCACCAAAGAUGUCACAUUGGAAAGAAACCUUAAAACUAUAUCCCCUCUGGCAGAUCCUUCAGCCACUGACAAACCUUUACCAUUCAUCAGAGAAUUUAACUUUCAACCAGAUUGUUCAUUCUAUGUGGAAGAAUUCACACAGGUAAGAGA